AUGACGAGCGAUAAAAUAAAAGUGGCUGUACGGGUUCGACCGUUCAAUAGAAGAGAAUUGGAACUGGGAGCUCAAGGCGUGGUCGAAAUGGAACAAAACCAAACCGUCCUUCACCAUCCAUCUCAUGAUAAAAUCGAAAGGAAACAGCCAAAGACGUUUGCAUUCGACCACUGUUUCUAUUCCUCCGAUCCAGGCGGAGAUAAUUUUGCUAGUCAGGAAAUUGUAUUCAAUUGCCUGGGUCGAGAUAUUUUGGACAAUGCUUUCAAAGGUUACAACGCUUGCAUAUUCGCCUACGGUCAAACGGGGUCGGGUAAAUCAUAUACGAUGAUGGGAUCAUUGGAACAGAAAGGAAUCAUACCCAGGUUGUGCGAUUCACUUUUCGACACGAUAUCAAAACAAGAAAGCUGCGAAUUAAGUUACAAGGUUGAGGUUUCGUACAUGGAAAUAUACAACGAAAGAGUUCACGAUUUGUUGGAUCCGAAACCGAACAAGCAAAGUUUGAAAGUUCGAGAACACAACGUUUUGGGUCCGUACGUGGACGGUUUAAGUCAAUUGGCCGUAACGUCGUUUCAGGACAUUGACAACCUAAUGACUGAGGGAAACAAAUCAAGAACGGUUGCGGCGACUAACAUGAAUUCGGAAUCGUCGAGGAGUCACGCAGUUUUCAGCGUUAUUUUAACUCAAACAUUGACGGAUUCUCAAAGUGGGGUGUCCGGGGAAAAAGUAUCGAGAAUGUCUUUAGUGGAUUUGGCCGGAAGCGAGAGGGCAGUCAAAACAGGGGCAGUCGGAGAUAGGCUGAAGGAGGGUUCAAACAUAAAUAAAUCGUUAACCACGCUUGGAAUAGUUAUAUCAAAGUUGGCGGAUCAAUCGAACGCCGCGAAUAAAAACAAGGAUAAAUUUGUACCGUAUCGUGAUUCCGUAUUGACUUGGUUAUUAAAAGACAACCUCGGUGGAAAUAGUAAAACCGUUAUGGUGGCCACCAUAAGUCCUUCAGUCGACAAUUACGAAGAAACUUUGUCGACUCUCCGAUACGCGGACAGAGCCAAGAGAAUCGUCAAUCAUGCUGUCGUCAACGAAGAUCCAAAUGCCAGGAUCAUAAGAGAAUUAAGGCAAGAGGUUGAAGCGUUGAGAGAAAUGCUUAAGCAAGCCUGCGUCACCAGACGAGAAGAUUUAACGGAAAAACUGACAGAGAGUGAAAGACUAGUCAAAGAAAUGUCUCAAACGUGGGAGGAAAAAUUAUUAAAAACAGAACGACUGCAGCAUGAGCGACAGCAGGCGUUGGAAAAAAUGGGUAUCAGCGUUCAAGACUCAGGUAUUAUGGUCGAAAAGAAUAAGUAUUACUUAGUUAAUUUAAAUGCGGAUCCUUCCUUAAACGAAUUGCUGGUCUAUUACCUUAAGGAAAGAACGUUGGUCGGAAGCAAGAACUGUGAUAUACAAUUAUCUGGUCUCGGAAUUCAACAGGAACAUUGCGUUAUAGAAAUAAAAGAUGGAAGCGUCGUCAUGACUCCUUUUACAAAUGCUAGAUCUUACGUUAACGGCGCUUCGAUUUUAUCACCGACUAUAUUACAUCACGGAGAUCGUAUACUGUGGGGAAAUCAUCAUUUUUUUAGAGUUAACUGUCCUAAAAGUAAGAUUCCUGUACACGUCGAUGAUCCUCAAACACCUGCUCAAAAUUUGGAUUAUGAUUUCGCCAGGGAAGAAUUAAUGAUGAACGAUUUGUCAAACGAUCCCAUACAAACAGCAAUUGCAAGACUUGAAAGGCAACACGAAGAAGACAAACAAGUGGCGUUGGAAAAGCAAAGACAAGAAUACGAGCGACAAUUUCAACAAUUGAGAAAUAUUUUGUCGCCUUCGACACCCUAUGCUCCAUACGCUCCAUUUGAUCCUUUCAGACCGGGAAGGAUAACCCCCUGCACUCCUGGCACAGCUCAAAUGAGAGUCGAUAAAUGGGCUCAAGAAAGAGAUGAAAUGUUCAGGAGAUCGUUGGGACAAUUGAAACAAGAUAUAGUCAAAGCAAAUGCGUUGGUUCAAGAAGCGAAUUUUCUUGCCGAAGAAACGGGGAGAAUGACUAAAUUUAGCGUAACUCUUCAGAUUCCUCCAGCGAACCUGGGAGCUUUCGUCAGCGAACCUGCAAUACUAGUUAAACGUAAAGGAAUGGGAAGUCAAGUUUGGUCAAUGGAAAAAUUAGAAAACAAAUUAAUAGAUAUGAGAGAAUUAUAUGAAGAAUCGGAAAGAAAUGAUUUUCAGGCUCAGGUACGUUCACGAUUACUGCCUGGAAAAUCUUUGGAUCCAUUUUACGAAACUCAGGAAAAUCAUAAUUUAAUCGGAGUCGCAAACGUGUUUUUAGAAGCUUUGUUUCACGAUGUUAAAUUGGAUUAUCACACUCCUAUAAUUAGUCAGCAAGGAGAAGUUGCUGGAAGACUCCAGGUUGAAUUAAGCAGGGUGAGUGGAAAAUUUCCUCAAGACAGAAUGUGUGAAGCCGCUUCGGAGUGUUCGGGAGAUUCGAAUGAAUCCAUGGAAGAAGAACCGAAUGGAACGAGCACCAUUGUUUGCAGAGUAACGAUUAAGCAAGCAUCGGGUUUACCCCUCUCACUGUCCAAUUUCGUGUUUUGUCAUUAUCAUUUUUGGGGUGAUUCCGAGCCCAUAGCAGUCCCUCCCGUCGUCAGUCCAGAAUUACCGACGACACCUCAUCCGGCAUCUAUGACGUUUAAAUUUGAUCACACCAUGGAUUUCACCGUUCCCAUAACGGAAGAAUUUAUUGAGCAUUGCGCGGAAGGUGCGCUUUCGAUAGAGGUUUGGGGUCAUCGUUCAGCCGGUUUCAGCCGAUUGAAACCCGGUUGGGAAGUCGAGCAACAACAGUUGGCGAAAGCUCGUUCUCUCGCCGACAGGUGGUCGGAACUCACGAGGAAAAUCGAAUUGCUCGUCGAAAUUCAAGAAUUAACGGAACAGGGUGAAUACUCAUCGGUGGAAGUGGUGCCCAAACCCGAGCUUCCGACCGGCGGUGUUUAUCAACUGAGGCAGGGUCAACAAAGAAGAAUCCAAGUCAGGGUCAGGCCCGUUCAACACAGCGGUACAUUGCCAAUAAUUUGUCAAUCCGUCGUUAGCAUCGCUAUCGGAAGCGUUUGCAACAGGUCGAGACUACAAAAACCUUUGGAUUCAUAUCAGGAAGAAGAUUUAAGUAGGCUGAGAGAGAAAUGGUCAGAUGCACUAAUGAGGAGGCGGCAAUAUUUAGAUCAACAAAUACAAAAAUUAAUCAAUAAACAAGACAAAACGGAGCAAGACAUCGAAAGGGAACAGAGUUUAGUCGACCAAUGGGUGAGUUUAACCGAGGAAAGAAAUGCCGUUUUGGUACCGGGAGCAGAAUCUGGAAUUCCCGGAGCUCCGGCGGAUUGGUGUCCGCCUCCCGGUAUGGAACCACACGUUCCGGUUUUAUUUUUAAAUCUUAACGCCGAUGAUUUAUCUUUGUCGAAGACGAACGAGGAUGAAGUGUCGGUAGCCGGACUCAAUUCCAUACUCCCCAAAGAACACGGUAAUAAAUUUUAUAAUUUGCCGAUAAUAAAACAUUUGGAAAAAGACGUGAGCGCUGUAGCCGCUUGGGAUUCGUCAAUACACGACAGCGUUCAUUUGAAUAAGGUUACGGAUCCAAACGAGCGCGUGUACCUUAUUUUAAAAACGACAGUGAGGUUGAGUCAUCCUGCACCCAUGGAUCUGAUAUUGAGAAAACGUCUUGCUCUCAACAUUUACAAAAGGCAAUCGAUAACGGAUCGUUUGAUAAAGAAAAUCGUUAGGAGUGACGUAUUAGCUCACACGGCUGUGACUUAUCAAGUCGUUUCGAACAUUCCAAAGGCGAGUGAAGAAUUAGAAAAUAGAGAAUCUUUGGCUCAAAUAGCGGCAUCCGGGGAGGAUAGUAAUUUUGCCGACGGUGAAACUUACAUAGAGAAAUACACGAGAGGAGUGAGUGCCGUGGAAAGCAUACUGACACUGGAUCGUUUACGACAAAGCGUAGCCGUUAAAGAACUUUUGCAGGCUCAGGGACAACCUCUGAUGAGAAAGACUGCGAGCGUACCUAAUUUCACUCAAAUGUUGAGCAGGUUCGAUUCAUCGAGUUUGUCGGAUUUUCAGGUUUGCAGAUCGGAAUCCGUGUCGGAGCUUUGUAAUUCUUCCGGAGAGGAACCCAUCAUUCCGACGAAACAAUACGGAAUCGCUUCGCCGAAUCCCAAAUUGGGUUUGAGAAUGACGACGCUUCACGAAGAACAUGGACAACCCAUGUCACCGGUCGAAGAUGGCGACGAAGAUGAGGAAGCGUCCGAUAAAGAAGUCGAUAAUUCCGACGGCACGAAAACACUCACGCCGAAAACCGUGGAAGGAAGUCCGAAAUCGUGCGCUGGAGAAGACUCGAUCAUCACUUACGGGGAUGGGAAAAAAGAAUGGAAAGACGGUGAUAAAAAUAGGAAAAUGACGACUUCGAGAACUUUGGAUUCGCUGUCGGACAUGCAAAUACUACAGGGAACAAGAAUGGGAACGCCGAGCACGUCGAGCGGUUACGGUUCUGCGGCUGUAUCCACAUCGAAUCUCCUAUCGGAAGAUUCUCUAUCGAUAAGAAGCAUAAGCGUCGACGAUUCGCCGGAAGAUGGAAAAUCGUAUUUGGUUGACGAAACGACGACGACGUCGUCGUUGUUGUCGUCGACGUCAUCCGGUAUGAAAAUCAAAACGGAUAACACACCCAACAAUCAUAACAACAAUCAACAAUCGAGUGGGAAUCGUUUGCCCGAGGGAAAUGGGAAAGUGAGUAGUCACGGAAUGGAAGAAUCUAGAAAAUAUCUAUCGGUGAACGAUAAGGGAGGAGGAGGUGGUGGUGGUGGAGGAGAUGGAAGUUCUUCUAAAAGCGUUUCGGGUGACGAAUCGGCAAACGAAGGAAUUUCAAUCGUACCAACAAAACUUCCACCCGGAAAGGUUGUGAAAAGGAAAAAAACUCCUAGCAAAGGUUGUUCGAACAACGGACACAGAGCUUCAUUUCCGAUGGUUGCUCCGACUUUAACAGAGAGUAAAGCCGGAAACAAUCUUUUGAACGGAAGCGAAUCCAUCGAAAGGCUCAAAAAUUUUUUUCACGCAGAUGAAGUGGAUGCAAACGUUCCAGAUUGGGUCGUUGUGGGUGAAAGCGUUCUCAUUCGUCCUUACAACACGUCCGGAGUCGUCGCUUAUUUGGGAUCCACGGAUUUCGCACCUGGAACAUGGGUCGGAGUGGAAUUGGAUGCUCCCACGGGUAAAAACGACGGAGUGAUUCAAGGCGUCCGAUAUUUUACCUGCAAACCCAAACACGGUAUAUUCGUUCGAGCGGAUAAAUUGAUAUUGGAUAAAAGAGGUCGUGCUAUGAGACAGUAUAAAAACAUGGAUCAAACGGAACAUUCCAUGAGAAGAAGCACGAGCAGGGGUAAAAUACGAUGA